AAUCAAAUUAUAGCUCAAUUUUCAUGGCGCGAGAGGGAAAACCCCCCCAAAUUCGUAGCCAAAAUUCACGUUCCCGCCGUUGAUUCUCUUCUCAAAAUGAAAAACCUAUCUUUCAUUUCACCAUUUCAACUUCAUUACAAGGAAAAAUCUCAAGCUCUACAAAAUGGAUAUGUCAGAAAUAGCCAAGAAAUUGGGCCUCUCUGAAUCCAAACAACUCGUCCGUAAAGCCUCUGAGAUUCGCCGCCUUGCCGACAUCCAAUUCGACUCCUCCGCCAUUGGCGUCGGUGAGAUUUGUAAGGCUAUUAUUUGCCUAGAGAUUGCUUCUUCUAGGAUGGAAGUCAUAUUUGACCGUCAGGCUGCGAUAAAAUUGAGUGGUUUGUCUGAGAAGGCUUAUAGUAGAUCCUUUAAUUCGAUGCAGAAUGGCAUUGGUGUCAAGAACAAGCUUGAUGUAAGAGAAUUGGCUAUUCGAUUUGGAUGCAUUAGGCUCAUUCCUUUGGUCCUCAAAGGCUUAUCAUUGUACAAGGAAAGAUUUCUUACUUCAUUGCCAUCUUCUCGUCGGGCAAGUACUGACUUCACUCGUCCUGUGUUUACUGCCGUUGCAUUCUACCUUUGUGCAAAACGACACAAGCUCAAGGCAGACAAAAUUAAGUUGAUUGAACUUGCUGGAUCAUCAGAAUCUGAAUUUUCUACUGUAUCUACUUCAAUGAAGGACAUAUGCUUUGAUGCCUUCGGUACAACAAAGGAAAAGAAGGAUCCUAAAGAUGUUAAAGGAAACCGAGAGCUUCUAAAUGCAUUACCUGAAAAAAGGAGGCUUGAGGAUGGAGGCUAUUCAUCUGAUGAUGGAGAAGAGCCUUCUGCAUACAAGAAGCGCAAACAAAUGGAUAAUCGUGACUACAAUGAGUGGAAAUCUGCUGUCCUCCAAUCUAAUAACACUGCCAAGGCAAAAGCUCCUGCGAAACGAAGCAGACAAUCUGGUCUUAACUUUGAGAAGAAAGCUCCCAAAACCAGCAUGGAGGCUACAUAAGAAAAUAAUUAUGCCUUUGAUUAGACAAAAUCUUGCUUUUUGGGAGGAUUUUUCUGGAAAUGAGAAUUUUUGUUUAACCUAAUUAAUUGUUAACUGUUACAUUAUUUAUUCUUCUGUCUUAAGAAAUAUGAUCAGAAAGUGUUUAUCCAACAGAAGUUGCUCAAUUUGAUGACUGAAUGAAGAAUGUUGUAAAUAUUGGAAAAC